AUACAUAUGUGUCGUUCACAUUUACUAUCAUCUUGUAAAUAAACCCUAAAAAGGUGAAAUUCGCUGUGUCGUUCACAUUUACAUUCACAUGGGAGAUUAACAGGAGUGAAGGAUUCCCAAAAGUGAAAUAAUUGGGCAGAAGAAGAGAAAGUGGUGGUGAGGUGCGCCACGCACUGGUAGCGCCAGUUUCAUCUCACCAGUGUUCAUUCCAAGUAACAGUGUGACACAGUUUGAGUCACUCGUCAAAUGCAUGGAGGAGGAACAGGAACAGCAGCAACAAGGACAGGGCCCUGUCCCCAUUGACUGGAACCAACUCCUCGACAACAGCCACUCGCCGCCGCGCGAGCUCCUCGUCGUCCCGUCCUCCGCCAUGGCCUCCGAUCAGCCCCCCGCCGAUGACCUCCACGCGUUCACGGAUCACAAGCUCAAGGAAUCGAUUCAGAGCAUGAAGCAAACCCUCGACGGAACCGGUAGGAAUUUGCCCGACAAUGGCGCCAAGCUUCGCGCCACCAUCGGCCGUUACCAGGAUGAACUCGCUCGUCGGGAAUUCAAGCGCCGUCGCCAGGAAGUUGAUGAGGACCAGAAGCCGCAAUCUGGACAAGCUACGAGUUCAAAUGCUGUUAGUGAGGGUGUGUCUAAUGAAUUGAGAGAAGAGAAUUUGUUGUCUCAUGCUCAGCCACAAUCCUCAUUUGCAUCUUGCUUUGUUAAAAAAUUGGAAGAUAAUCAGACUAAUUGUAUAGCUAAUGAUGCAUUUAGAAAGGAGAUGUCACAUUUCAACCAGAAAAUACAAGACAAUGGAGAGCAUAGAAGAAGAAAGAAACUUCGAUCAUCAUCAAGGCAAUCACAGUUUAAAUGUCCUAGUAAACUUUCCAAACGUGAUACUUUUAGUGAUGGUAAAGGUUGCAGGGCAACUUCCACUUUCUCUCUGCGGAAUAUUGGGAGAAAUCUGUCAAGAUGCUACCCAAAAGUGAAGGAUGCUUCUCAUGCAAUUCAAUUAGAUGGCUCAAGGUCCAGGAAGGGUCAUCACAUUGUUCUUGAUGACGAUGACGAUGACGAUGAAGCUCGUAUUGUGGAGAAAACAGAAAACAAAUUUGCUGAAUACCUGAAAGAAGCUAAGAUCUAUUUUCCGUCAAGAGAUGAUCCAGAGUGUGUUGAAAUUUGUUACAAAGACAAAGAUUGCCUUGCCCCGCAAGGUUAUUUAACAUCAACUAUUAUGAACUUCUACAUUCAAUAUUUGCAGCAGCAAGCAUUGUUGACAAAUAGAUCGUUAUCCGAUUACCAUUUUUUCAAUACAUAUUUCUACAAGAAGCUUAAAGAAGCAGUUUCCUACAAGCAAAGUGAUAGAGAGAUGAUCUUUGCAAAGUUCAGAAGAUGGUGGAAGGGUGUAAAUAUUUUUCAGAAGGCAUAUGUUCUGAUUCCGAUACACGAGGACCUUCAUUGGAGCUUGAUCAUUAUUUGUAUCCCAGACAAAGAAGAUGAAUCGGGGCCAAUCAUACUUCAUUUGGAUUCUUUGGGUCUUCACUCUAGUAAAUCAGUUUUUGAUAAUAUUAAAAGCUAUUUAAUUGAAGAAAAGAACUAUAUGGAUCGUGAAGGUGCGUCUUCAGAUGUUUCAAUUGCAAACAGAAUAUGGAAGUGCCUUUCUCGAAGAAUUGAAUCUCAAAUCAUUGCGGUUCCCCAACAGAAGAAUGAGUAUGACUGUGGUCUUUUUGUGUUGUACUUCAUUGAGCGUUUCGUGGAGGAGGCACCUCCAAGACUAAAAAGAAAUGAUUUAGAUAUGUUUGGAAAGAGAUGGUUCAAACCUGAAGAGGCGUCCAAUUUGAGAGUUAAAAUCCGUACAUUGCUUGUAGAGAAAUUUCAGAAUUCAAUCAAGAAUAAGUGUAUUUCAGAAUCUUCAUCUGCUAGCUGUGCAAAUGAUUGUGUUGAGACCGUCGAGGAUUCUUUGACCUAAUGCCUGCAUGAAUUGCAAUCCUCAUUUUCUUGAACGAAAACUCUGUUGAUAUUAUAGGUGGUGCAUUGUUUUUUUUUUUUUUUUCUUGUACAGAUUUCAGCUUUUAAGCUGAUAGAUUUUGAAGGUAGAGUUUCCCAAGGCCUGGUACAUAGUCUUUAAUACGAAGAAAGGGUAGCUGACAGUGUGCUACGAGCAAAUGAGAAUCUACUUGUCUUGCUGCUAACCAUUUCAUGUGGGUUACAAGUUUUUUCCAAAUGUAUAGUAGGAAACAGUACAAAGCUGACUACUAGAGUAAUAGCCGUCAAAUCUAUCCGUUAUUCUGCACCUGAAUAAUUUUUAUAAUUUCAAUGGGAACUGUUUUAAUGCCAACUUUAUAUA